AUGAGUCUAUAUGAUAUUAGCAUUGCAGGACGAAGAUUACGAUUUCCACAGGGGACUUUCAGCAAAGGAUGCUCAAUAGACUCAGGUGCCUCAUUCAGUGUCAUAGAACAAAGAGCUUACACUAUAAUUCUAAGGGUUAUUUGCACCGGUGGUCCCCCAAACUAUUCACAUUGUCUCAUUUUAGUCCCCAAAAUUUCAAUUGCAUCAAAUUGGUCCCAAAAUAUUCACUUUGAUUUAUUUUGGUCCCAACCACAGACGCGUUUGCUGUUUGCCGUCUCCGUCUCCGUCUCCGUCUCCAUGUACCAUUCACAUGAGGGACAAAGUGGACAUUGCACCCUACGUCUCCUGCUUAGCCAGUCAAAGGUUGUGAUGAAUUGCCUCUUCACUUCCAUUUCAACGACAACAAUG